AAAUGUAAAACUAAAUAUGUCAAAUGAAUGAUUCUAAUGUCAAAUGUCAAUAAGACAACCUUUUCCAUCGCCUUUUGUUUACCUAACUUGUUAAUCCAAACAAUAUUAUCCACAUUUUACAAGAAAAGUAUCUUUUACCAAACAUUUAAUGCACUUAAAAUCGACUUAUAUAUAAAAAUAUUAAAAUAAAAUGCUGAUAUCUGAGCUUCCAGGUGAUGAAGAUUCCGGACCCACUUGUCGAACAUAUGUUUUUCAAAAUGAAAGCCACACGCUAGGAAACGCUUUAAAAUGCAUCAUUAAUAGAUAUGAGGAUGUUGAUUUCUGUGGUUACACCGUCCCACAUCCAGCAGAAGCUAAAAUGCACUUUAGGAUACAGUCAAGAGAGACUCCAGCACUAGAAAUAUUAAAAAGAGGCCUUAAAGACUUGGAAAAAGUGUGCGAUCACACAAUGGAAUUAUUUGAAAAAGAAGUAAAAGAUUUUUGUAAAACAUAAAAACACAUUAUAUUGUUUAACUUUAUAUACCAACUUAGUCAUUUUGACAUUGCAUUAAUUAAUGAAACCACAUAUUUAUCUUCUUAAAAAUAACACUACAAUAAGUUACUCAAACUAUAGAAUUAAAAUAAAAAGUGUAAGUUUCAAACAAAAUAAAUAUCAAUAAAAAAUAUUUUUUAUUUUAUACCUCCCCAAUAUAAUUUCUACAUUAAGAGAAACCAGUACAGUGGCAAAAUCACACUUCAGUCAAAAAUAUACUCACACACAUUACAUUCACCCUGAACUACAAAAUAGUAAAAAAAGUUAACUGGGGUAAAGGCAAUAUAUGGUUUCAUUGAACGAAAUGCCAAGAUGACCCUGUUUAGUCAUAUGAUAAUAUGUACUAUAAUGAUGUAUCUAAAUUAGUUGUCUAGACCUAGUACUAUAAAUCCUAAAAUUAGUAGCAUA